CUCCGUCAAAUGCACUUAAACUGCUCGGGGACCUUUUUUCCCCCCCACUCUGCAGUAGCAAACAAAGAGGAACAUGGAAAAGUCAUUGUGCUUGUUGGCUGCAGUGAUUUUUCUGGGAGGAUUUUUAGACGCAGCACUGAUAGACGAUGCGUCGACUGAGACUUAUUCAUUACUGAACUACACGACGACUACAGCUGAGUCUGUCACGGUGGAGCUGCAGGACCACAGCAGACACCAACCGACUCCAACGAAAGCUGAAACCACAAUACCAACCAGUACUGUCAGAGGCAAAGAGCGGGGCACCGAAAGACUCAGCAAAGACAGCGAAGAAGACAGCAGCAAUACAGAAGAGACAGAUGACAGCAAGACAGAAAACGAGAAAACAAAGCUUGAGUGUCCUCCCCUCGGCCUGGAGUCCCUGCGAGUCGAUGACAGCCAGAUGCAAGCUUCUUCCUACCAGCGAAUGGGUCUGGGUCCUCACAGGGGGAGACUGAAUAUCCAGUCAGGCAUUGAGGAUGGGGAUCUGUACGAUGGAGCCUGGUGUGCCGAGUAUAAGGACCAGCACCAGUGGCUCGAGGUGGACGCCAUUCACCUCACCCGGUUCACUGGAGUCAUCCUGCAGGGCCGAAACUCCAUCUGGAGUUGGGACUGGGUCCAAACCUACAAAGUCCAGCUGAGUAAUGACUCCGUAAACUGGAAGACCUGCAUGAAUGGGACAGAAGAAGCAAUCUUUGAAGGAAACCGAAAUACAGAGACUCCGGUGCUCGGACUCCUUCCUGUUCCCACCGUCGCCCGUUUCAUCCGCAUCAAUCCUCAGACCUGGUACUCCAACGGCACCAUCUGCCUCAGGGCUGAGAUACUCGGCUGUCGUGUUAAUGAUCCAACUGACAUGUACUCCUCAGAGCGAGAACCAGGAUCAAAGGACGCUUUGGACUUCAGACACCACAACUACAAAGAGAUGAGAAAGCUCAUGAAGUCUGUGACAGAGGAAUGCCCAGACAUCACUCACAUCUACACCAUCGGGAAGAGCUACAUGGGCCUCAAACUGUAUGUCAUGGUGAUCUCAGAUAACCCCAGCAAACAUGAACUAGGCGAGCCAGAGUUUCGCUACGUGGCGGGGAUGCACGGGAAUGAAGCUCUUGGCCGAGAACUGGUGCUCAACCUCAUGCAGUACUUAUGUCGAGAAUACAAGAAGGGAAACCAGCGUGUCGUUCGGCUGGUGACUGAGACGCGAAUCCACCUCCUGCCCUCCAUGAACCCUGAUGGUUAUGAAGACGCUUAUAAGAAGGGCUCAGAACUUGCUGGCUGGGCUGAUGGACGAUACAGCUUUGAAGGAAUCGACCUGAAUCAUAACUUUCCAGACCUGAACAACAUCAUGUGGGACGCUCAAGAGACGGCAGCAGAUCAGUCUAAAGUCUCCAACCAUUACAUCCCCAUCCCAGAGUACUACACCAAAGAAGAUGCAAUGGUUGCCCCGGAGACUCGUGCCGUCAUCAGCUGGAUGCAGGACAUUCCCUUCGUGCUCAGUGCGAACCUCCACGGGGGAGAACUGGUGGUCACGUAUCCCUUCGACUGCACCCGUGACUGGGCUCCUCAGGAAGACACCCCCACGGCAGACAACGCUUUCUUCCGCUGGCUGGCCACCGUCUACGCCUCGACUAACCUGGUGAUGGCCAACCCUGACCGCCGCAUCUGCCAUUACGAGGACUUCCAGUCGCACAACAACAUCAUCAACGGAGGAGCCUGGCACACCGUCCCUGGCAGUAUGAACGACUUCAGCUACCUGCACACCAACUGCUUUGAGGUGACGGUGGAGUUGUCCUGUGACAAGUUCCCUCAUGCCAGUGAGCUGCCCAUCGAGUGGGAGAACAACAAGGAGUCUCUGCUGGUUUACAUGGAGCAGGUUCACAGAGGCAUCAAGGGUGUGGUCAGAGACAAGCAGACCAAACAAGGAAUAGCAGAUGCUAUAAUCAAGGUGGAGGACCACAACCAUGACAUCCGAUCAGCUGCUGACGGGGACUACUGGCGUCUACUGAACCCAGGCGAGUACCAGGUGGUGGUCUGGGCCGAGGGUUACUUCCCGUCCAUGCGUCGGUGCCACGUUGGAAUGGAGCCAUGUCCCACCAUCUGUGACUUCACUCUCACCAAAACACCCAUUCAGAGGUUGAAGGAGAUCCGGGCCAAAGGAGGCAAGAUCCCCCAGGACCUUCAGCUGCGUCUUCGCGCUCUGAGGCUCCGCAAGCUUCGCGCCAGCACCAAGGCCAUCAACCGCCGCAGGGAGAGCCAGCGGGAGCGGCAAGAACAGCUGCUGCAGGCGAGGAGAGCUCGGUCCUCUGGAGCCCGGAGAGCGUGAGGACGGACGGGACGAGAGGUUGGAGAAGCCUCAUAGAAUAAGUUCCUUUCAAACAGAGAAAAUUCGCCUGUGGGAAGAGUGACGCAUUCCUAUGAGUAAUCACCAACAGGGCUCUAUUAAAGGGUCAGUUCCCCCAGAAUUCAACAGCAACGUGUUCGGGUGUACUGACCCUUUAAGGCAGGUUAAACCAUGACAGUCACACUCUCCCAGAAGUAGACAGGAUACUUAAAAAAGCAGGGUUUUUACACAAAAACAAACACACAAACUGAAUCCCUUUUAAAAUGUUACACAGACGUGGAACUUUUUGAAGGAUACUGAACGCUGACACAUUUAUAGACAGGCAAUCACUCUAGUAGUUUUGAUAAACUGUUUUAUUCUGCAUUAUAGCUGAUAAUGCUGUAGUGUUUGUGGCUUAUCUGUAUGACGACUGAGUUGAGAAUUUAACUGUCAGCUGGUCUGAUAUGUUGACAUGUAUUUUCUAACACUGUGUCUGUUAUUGUUUGACCAAAGUCCAACAGGACCAUAAAAUCUCUAAUAAAUGUUACUUAAUUGUGUUAUCUGUAA